AUGCUUCUGGCCAUUGCGGCAUUGUUGCCGCAGGCUCUUGCUCAGAAUUGCCCUACUAUCAACCCUGCACAGCAGGCUACCUUUGCCUCUGGUUACUCUGGGCGGGUGGUUAUGAAUGGAUUGAGGACGCCUCGCGGUAUUAUUUUCGAUAACCAGGGUAACAUUUUGACUACGGAGCAGGGUGGAUAUGGAGUGAGGUAUAUCCAGUUGAACGACUAUGGAGGCACGAAUGUUUGCGUCAAGUCUAGCAAGCAGUUGAUUGCGGACUCCUCGAUCAACCAUGGUAUCGCCCUCACACCAGACGGCAAGAAACUCUUCGUCUCCUCCCUGACCACCGUCUGGUCCUGGGACUACGACGGCACAACAGGCACCGUCUCCAACAAGAAAACCGUAGUGCAGAAUAUGCGCAACGGCGGCUUCCACCUCUCGCGUACUCUGCUGAUCCCUCGUGCCCAACCGGACACCCUUCUCGUCCAGCGAGGCUCCCAAGACAACGUCGACACUGCGGCAGCUCAAGUCAACACCGGCCGCAGCCAAAUCCGCGCCUUCAAGAUCUCCCAGAUACAAAACGCCCCUGUCGAUUACCUCCAAGGAGAAGUCCUAGCAUGGGGCCUGAGAAACACCGUCGGCGUCGGCGAGCAUCCCAACGGCGGAAUCUGGUCCGUCGACAACGGCGUCGACGACAUGCAACGCGAAGGCCGCGACAUCCACCACACCAACCCGUGCGAGGAACUCAACUACCACGGGCAAAUCAACACAACUUCGGACCCGGACCGCGGAGGCCACCACGGCUACCCGGACUGCCACGCCGUCUGGGAUCCCUCCGUCAUCCCCAACGCCGCGGCCCAGGGCCUCCAAGUCGGCACCCCGUUCCUAAUGGGCAGUCCCGCUGGUCAGAAUACCGAUGCCGUGUGCCAGGCCAGGAAGGCGCCGAGGUUGUGCUUUCCAGCCCAUACGGCGCCGCUCGAUGUCAAGUUCAAUGCGGAUGGGAGCGCGGCGUAUAUUCCUUUCCAUGGGUCGUGGAACAAAUCCCCGCCCGAUGGCUUCCGCCUUUCGCGCGUGGAAUUCAACCCUGCUACCGGCAUGCCCGUCGAGCCCGCCACGUCGACGACCGCCGCCGUGAAUAUCAUGUACAAUGCCAAUACGCAACAGUGCCCGAAUCGCUGCUUUAGGCCUGUCAAUGUGGCGUUCAGUCCUAGUGGGAAGUUGUUCAUGACGAGCGAUACGACGAAUGAGAUUUGGGUUAUUGGGGGAGCAACGUAG